UUGGGGAUGUAGAAGAAAAAAAAAAAAAAAAAAAAGGAAACCGGAGCAAAGAGAGCGUAAGGAAGGGAGAGAUAGGGAGACAACACUAACUGGGUAGCUAUGGAGAUAGUAGGUUAUCCUGGUCGCUUUCUUUGACAGGUGUCGAGUGGGAUAAAAUAAAGUCCGAGAACAGCCUCCAAGAUGUACGGCAAGGGUAAAGGAGCUGUGGUCCCCUCCGAUAGCCAAGCGAGAGAAAAGUUAGCCUUAUACGUGUAUGAGUACCUGCUACAUGUGGGAGCACAGAAGUCUGCACAGACCUUCCUGUCUGAGAUUCGAUGGGAGAAAAAUAUUACAUUAGGGGAGCCACCUGGAUUCCUUCAUUCUUGGUGGUGUGUAUUCUGGGAUUUGUAUUGCGCAGCUCCAGACCGAAGGGAGACAUGUGAACACUCCAGCGAAGCGAAGGCCUUCCAUGACUAUAGCGCGGCGGCAGCACCGAGCCCGGUGAUGGGCAACAUGCCCCCCAACGACGCCAUGCCAGGUGGUCCCAUGCCCCCAGGCUUCUUCCAGGCACCGCCCGGCUCUCAGCAAUCCCCCCAUGCACAGCCCCCCCCACACAACCCCAGCAACCCCAUGAUGGGACCCCACGGUCAGCCUUUCAUGUCACCACGAUAUCCAGGUGGGCCACGCCCGUCACUCCGAAUGCCAAAUCAGCCUGGUGGAAUCCCAGGAUCGCAGCCCCUCCUGCCAAACAGUUUGGACCCAACAAGACCACAAGGACAUCCCAACAUGGGUGGUCCAAUGAGAAUGAAUCCUCCCAGAGGAAUGGCCAUGGGCCCACAGAAUUAUGGAGGCAUGAGGCCCCCUCCCAACUCCAUGGGUGGCCCCAUGCCAGGAAUGAACAUGGGUCCCGGAGGAAGGGGGCCAUGGCCAGGACCUAAUGCAAACUCAAUAGCCUACUCUUCCUCAUCACCAGGAAACUAUGUGGGUCCAGCGGGUGGAGGGGGACCGCCUGGAACUCCCAUCAUGCCCAGCCCAGGUGAUUCGACUAACUCCAGUGAAAACAUCUACACAAUGAUGAAUCCUAUCGGACCUGGAGGAAACAGACCCAAUUUCCCAAUGGGACCAGGGCCCGAUGGGCCAAUGGGAGCCAUGGGAGCCAUGGAGCCGCAUCACAUGAAUGGAUCACUAGGGUCUGGGGAUAUGGAUGGGUUGCCAAAGAGCUCUCCUAACAACAUGGGAGGCAUGAACAAUCCUCCAGGAACGCCGCGGGAUGACGGCGAGAUGGGCGGCAACUUCUUGAACCCAUUCCAAAGCGAAAGUUAUUCACCCAACAUGACGAUGAGUGUGUGAUUUUCUUUUUUUUUUUUUUUUUUAAUCUUUCUCCCCCCAAUUUUUUCGACUCUACACCUUUUUUUUUUUUAUUCAAUCCUAACUUGUCCUUGGAUUAACCCGCCUCCCCCCACGUCACACACCCUUUGCCCACCCUAACGCCGUCCUCCUUCCACCACCCAACCUAUCCACCGUCCUUCCUCCUCUUCGUCGGGAACUUUUGCGGCCACUCAGCCUUCCGGGAGCGCCCUCGAGCAUGCUGGGACUCUAAUUAAGACGGGCCCUCCUGGAUCGUGUAAAAUGGCCGCAGGUGUGAAUAGGAAGCAGUCACAGGGCAGCAGGAAGAGCCUCCUUUCAGACUCCGGCCCCAGCCUCCCCGGCUUUCUGACGGGGUCUAGACAAUGAGCGAGGGACGGAGGUGAACGGAGAGCGCCGCCCUCCAUCAUGGACGCAGUAUCUCUUUUGCAGCUAAUAGGAACAUCAACCACAGCGUUGGAUUAUAAUUUCUUUUUUUUUUUUUGUAAAACAUUUAUUUUUUUUCUUUUUGCUCCCAGAUUCCACGGAGGACCUUCGUUGUCCUUCCACAUCGUUUUUCUGUACAUGUACA